UCUUUUAGAGAGUUUCUACUGAAUCUCGUUGUUGUUACAAAACAAGGAACCAGUCGACAUUAUAUCACAUGCCAAAACAAAAACCAAAUUUCCGACAGUAAACAGUUUUUUAAGCAGAUUAAUUGACAGGAAGAACACAAUGGAGGAAGAUAAUCUCUAACAACAACAGUUACCAUGGCAUCACCCGCAUUCUUCCAUACCUGUGCUGUUUACAAUAAUAUCACUAAUCACGAUCACCAUCAUGAGGGAAGAGUUUUGGUGGAGAGAGUUGUCACAAUUGUUGCUAUGACAUUCUGUAUGAUAAGUUUGCUGGUUGUUAUCUAUCUCUUGCUACCUAGAGAUGUGAGGGGAUCCGAAUGGUGGAGAAAUCCUGGACGUAUUUUAGUUGGACCAAAUUUAAAUGCUAUUAUAAGAGCUGUUGUGAUUACAAGUUUCCUUGGCACUUUAGGAAUUUUAGUAAGAUCUGCAGUGCAGAUGGAUGAAAAUUUCCCUGGUCCAAGUGAGGUUGAAAAUGGUGAACAUAUUUUUUGUGUUGUAAUUAAUGUAUUGAUUGAAUACUUCUUUCAAAGUUCCUACUUUUGGAUAAUUCUGUAUGCUAUAGAAGCUUUAAUGGUGGCUAACAACAAAGAACUACCCACAGCUGUAAAGUAUAUUCUGGGAUGGAUCAUGCCAGGAAUUGUAUGUGGUUCAGGAUUAUUACUGCUUUAUCAUAAUGGUAUUAAAGAGUAUGAUGGAAAGACUGAAAUAGAGAGAGUUAUGUUGUACUUCAUUUUUCUGUUUCCUAUUUUACUUGUGUUGAUUUGUAAUCCAUUCCUGUUUUAUUUUGCAUCUAAAGCAGCCAAACGUGCAUUAAUAUGGCAUUAUGGGAGAUACACAGCUAGUGAAAGAAAACUGAUAGAUUCAAUCCACUUCAAAUUUAUCCUCAUUUUAGCUGCUUUCCUUACAAGCUGGCUGCCAAAUAUAAUUGAUGCUGUCAUUCACAUGUCACAAAAUGACAACAAAACAGCAAAACUAACUAUAUGGAUAAUUAUGUGUGUUUUGAAUCCAUUACAACCUGUGUUGUGUGCAUUGGUGUUGUGGGGACUUCCAGAAAGCAGAAUCUCAUUUUCAUCUUGGUGGAAUAACACGUCUACAGAUCUGUCUGAUGUUUCGUCCAGUAAUGUCAACUUUUCUCGUAGCACUAGUAGUGAAACUGAACCACUUAUCAGCUUCCGUAGAAAGGAACGUAAAUAAACAUUGAUACCGCUGGUGCAUAGUUAAAACUUUAUAAACAUCAUAAUAGGGAGAAACAAUCAAAUUGAUGCUUGUUUUUUUAAAUUUAUAUUUGUUAUUGUUUUUAAAAUUGAAACAUGAAUCUGUUGUGUAUUUUAUUAUGUGAAUUUAAAAUCGAUCACAGUAUCUAUUUAUUUUCUACAUGUAUAUCUAAUGUGAUAUAAGCAACUACAAAAACUGAAUGGAAUGAAUAUUUACUGUUGUAAUGGAAAACAGUAUUCUAUGUUAAUUUAUUGUAUUAAACUAGAUAAUGUCUUUUAUUGUCUACAUGCAAUUCUAUUAUAUAAAAAUGAUUUGUACACAUUUACAAUGGUGUUAGAGAGUGAUAACACAUUCUCAUUACUUUCUGUUCCAAUAUGCUUACAAAUGAUAGAUCUGUUAAACAUUAAAAUUUUGUUUGUUC